CGUGUCAGCUGUCACAUGACCCGGAAAAUGUGGGACUUGAUUCCUGUGCUGGGCUGCUCUCAGCUGCUGCGUCUCUGCCCUUCGCAGUGCAAACCGUUCGUCUCCCCCGACCCCCGGGCUGACUCUCCUCCACGCACCAUGUCGGCAGACCAAGCGUUUGUGACGUUGGCCACAAACGACAGCUACGCCAAGGGAGCAAUGGUUCUCGGCCAGUCAUUACGAAACCACAACACAACCAAGAAACUGGUUGCACUCGUAGGACCUCAUGUUGCAGAACCUUGCAGGGAUGCACUACGCUCCGUUUUCGAUGAGGUGUGUGUGGUGGACAUCAUGGACUCGGGCGAUACGACUCAUCUGGCCCUGAUGAAGCGUCCGGACCUGGGAGUCACAUUCACCAAACUGCACUGCUGGACUCUCACACACUACAGCAAGUGUGUGUUCAUGGACGCAGACACGCUGGUGCUGUCAAAUGUAGAUGAACUCUUUGAGAGGGAGGAGCUGUCUGCGGCACCAGAUCCCGGUUGGCCGGACUGUUUCAACUCCGGGGUCUUUGUCUUCAGACCGUCCAACGAGACACACGAGAAGCUGCUCGCGUUCUGCGGCGAAAACGGCAGCUUUGACGGCGGAGAUCAGGGGGUUCUCAACAGUUUCUUUAACACCUGGGCGACGGCCGAUAUUUCCAAACACCUUCCCUUCAUCUACAACCUCAGCAGUAUUUCCAUCUACUCCUACCUGCCAGCGUUCAAAGAGUACGGCCAUGACGCGAAGGUGGUGCACUUCCUGGGCAAGGUGAAGCCGUGGAACUACUCCUACGACGCUGAGAGGGGAGAGGUCAAAGGUCACUCCCCGUCGCCGGAAUUGAGCCACCUGCACCCCGACUACCUGCUCAUGUGGUGGCAGCUGUACGCCAAGUCCGUGCUGCCUUUGCUGCAGCAGGCCUACCAGGAGACGCCCUUCAACAGCGGCUUCGUAGAGACGAGCGAGAACGGUAAGCUUCAUGAGGAUGUGACUGAGCAGCCAGCGCCCUCUGCUCUUCCUCCCCAGAAGGUUUCAUCAGAGGAGAGGAAACAGCGCUGGGAAGCGGGCCAGAUCGACUACUUAGGGGAUGACUCCUUUGCCAACAUCGAGCGAAAGCUCGACUCCUUCUUGAAGUAGCAGUCAGGCGAGGGAGCGCGACGGACAGAGAUAGAGAGAGAGAGAACCAUUUGAAGCCAUGUGUGGGUGGUGGAUUUAACCAUCACUAAGCAAAUCACAAGGGCUUGAUCAGCAGGUGACUGAAUGAAUGCCUCUGUGAAACUUUCAGCCUCACCCUCUGCAUCCUGUCGGUAUGCGUAUAAAUGACAGAGUCUAAGUUCCCGUGCACUCUUACCAUUCAUUUUUUUUCUCUUAUAGGACAUGUUCGACAUUUCUGGGGAAUCCGUCAUUCGCAUUCUUGCUUAGAGUUAGAUAAGAUUGAUACCUCUCACAUGUAUGGUAAAUAUGAAGCAUAGCGUAGCAUAAAGACAGGAAACAGGAGGAAACAGCUUGCCCCAUCUGCGACCUCAGCGCUGUGCGCAUCACUCUGAUUUGCUCACAUAUUGCUGCGGGAAAAAAUCCAAACGCUAUUUUUCUAACAUUAUCCAGCUUACAUCUUCAAGCAUGUUUGUUUAGUCCCACAAAUGCUUACUGUCUGCUCAGAAUGACACAACCACUGUUUAUACGUAUUUCCACUGAAAGUAUCCCUCGGCUCUGCACUUGGUCUCUGCUGAGCUGUUGGCUGUGAUAGACGGAGGCUGUGCCAAUGUUGAAUUGAAAUGUUGGUUUUGACCCGGGCAAACAUUUUUUUUUUUUUAAAUUUAGGAAAGUAAACAUUUGUGAGAUCAUGAAAUAUCUUUGGAGAUGUAAUUCACUGCUGUGGGGGGAAAAAAACAAAACAAGGAAAAGUUUAUCAGUGCAACGCUACGUGACAGAAUCACAAAGUAUGGAGUGCUGUGGUUACAAAUGGGGCCUGGUUCCGUCCAAAGGUAACAAAAUACACCUACCAGCUCCUCUAAACAUCACUAACUAACAUGUUGUGUAUAUAUAUAUAUAUAUUUUUGAUCUGUACAAAAACGGAUGACAAUUUGCUGUUUUAGGGGAUGGUUAUGUGCAGGACUAUUUCUUGGCCAGACACAAUAACUCCCUCUGAGCCUAGCAACUGGUCCAGGCCAAGAAAUAGUCCGGCACAUAGACACUGGUUCAACAGCGAAUUUUAGCUGGUGAGCUUGAGAAUUGCUGGUAGGCAGAUUUUGUCACCUCUGGACAGAACUUUUCAGCUUCCCCGUUUCCAGUCUUCGUGCUAAGCUGCUGGUGGUAGUGUCAUAUAGCUAAUCCCUUCACCCAGCUCCCGACGACAAAGCGAAUAAGCGGACUUCCCAAAAUGUCUAACUGUUCCUUUUAAGUGUUCUUGUGCAUCUGAUGGAGACAUAUUCAUAGUCCUGAGUCUUCCUAACCUGUGGAAAAUUUCAGCAACAACAGAGACUGAAGAAAAAUGAGUGCGGGCUAAGCCUGUAGCUGAAGGGAAAUCGGUAAAUUUAAAAGUUGUUUCUGGAUUUCACCACAACUCCUAUCCUGCAAUAAGUCUCUACCUAAACCACUAUGAAGUAAAUAUGCAGAAACUGGCUCUAUCCCCUCUUGCAGCCCAUGCUCUCCUUUUCAGACAGUUAUGACAAUCUCACUUUAAUCUGACAAGUGUUCACCUCACCCGAGUCCCUACCUGUGCCUCCGACACCCACCAGCUCCCUGUGACUUCAGCUUUGUAUUGUCUGGUAUUGUAUUAGGGCUAGGCCUUUCGUGUUGUAUCUGCAUGGCACAGAGUUUAAAUGUGGGUCGGUAAUGAAGUUGUUCCACCCACAUCCUAAAGUGAUGUUGUCAGUCAGUGUUGUGUGUAUUUGUGUGGGAUUAAAUACUGGGAUUAAAAAUCUGUCAUCUGCACAUGUGCCCUGCAUGUUAUGUGCCUGCCAGACCCACAUCAGUGUAUCUUUGUGCCAUGACCUGGGUUUCAUCACUUCCUGUCUGUAGUAUAACCAGCUGCCUUAUUGCCGUUCACUGUUUACAAAACCUAAUUUACUGUAACUGCUGCUAUCAGCACAACAGACUUAACUUUGUUGAGCCCUUCCUUUCCUGUUGCGAAUACCUCCUUUACUUCACUCCAGCUUGUGUGCUCUUAAACUAUAAGCAACAACUUCUAACAAUAAUUUAAAAUACACUCCUUGGUCCACUAUACAUUUUUCUACAAGAAGCUGACAAGGUUGAGAGAAAAGUCCAUGCGUGAUUUAUUAAUCUUGUUUGCUAAAUCCUGCAUAGCAUGAUGGUGGAAGUGGAACAUAAUGUUGUCCUGUUCCCUAGCUGUUAACUGUCCAUCCCUGUUAAAGUGCUAAUAAAGAACUGGUCAAAAACCACCUUAUAUCCGA